UGUGCCGCUUGUUUGAAGCUUGAACGUCCAGGCUUGGCAGGUGGAGGGCUGGUUUCACCUGUCGUUAACAAAUGGAUGGCGUUUGACGAUAAUGCAGAAUCUGCUUAUGCCCGACAGGUCUGAUCAAGCCGCUUAGCAUUUCUUGCUGCGAUAAUCUAUGAGCUGCAUGCGCCACAGACGUAAUCUCGGGUGACCAGGUCGCCAGAGGAGAAGGAGGACUUGGGACAGGGACAAGCAGAUUAACUGAAAAAGAGCUGAUUGAGCAACUUCCAGCGACCAUGCAUUGGAAGUUAAUACUGUGACACCAUCACAGGGAUCCCAUGAAACUAUUCUAGGCUUUGAUGCGUAAAUAUCUGUGUGACGUCAGAUAACUACCACUUUUAAUAUUAUAAACUAGUUUUUUUUUUGUCAGAUUUUUUCAGUAACUAGCUAGAUUUUCACCAACCUCUGCAAGUAAAGGCUCUCAGCAGGAAAUAGACCAGGGUCCGUUAGGGAAAGCGGAGCUGCGGGUUUCCUUUAAACCCCUAAAUGCCUCUCAGAUCUUCCAUGUGCUGCUGUUGUUGUAGGAGACAAAAAGUCUGCAGGUAGGCUAGUGUUUUCUAGAACUUUUAAAGAACAUAGUCUUCUGUUAAAAGAACGUAAGCUGCUUUCAUUUAGGCCAAAAGCCGCUGGUUGAGCUUUGACUGUUGUUUAGAAGAAUACUAGUUUUUCUUUACGAUGAGGCAAACUUCUGCGUUGGUGUUUUGAUAUCAUUUCAGAAGCAUUUAUCCCUAGUAGGCCUCCAUAAGGACCUGAACAUAUUUGUGUCUGGUUUUGGUGUAUUGUAGACAGUCAUUUGGUGUGUACUAGAAAAGUCAUGAGAGAUCAAGCAAACUAAAAAAGAUUUGAGGUUGAGCUGAUCUCCACCCAGUUCCCUGAAAAACAAGUGUCUGUUUAUCUUCCUUCACAUCCACGGCUGAGGCUCCCGCUCCAAGAUUAAGCAGCAGCCAUUGUCUCGUGGCUUUGUGUGGCUCGGUCACGUUCGCUUCCUUUUUGUUGUCUAAGAAGACGUGUUGCUUUGUGCUCCAACAAAAACUGUAUCCUGUAAUUUUCUGUGGGCAGGAAGCCUUCACUGGGUUGGAUUGAAGGUGUUUUCAGCAUAACAUGAAUUUAAAAAAAUGAAUUGAGGCAUAUAGUAUUGUUGUUGUUUUAUUAAAUCAGGCAGGAAUAAUUUUAACAUUUAAAAUAUUUUUCUUUGUGAAAGAAAAAUAGAAACCAGGCUUAUGAUAAGACCCUGAUUCAUUUACCAUUACAGGAACUUGCUUUACUUUCUGUGGCCUAUCUAAAGGAUGUGAGAUCCAGCAUAAUAAACGGAGUCCUCUCUGAGCCAUUGUUGAGGUGGAAGGAAGUAGCUGAGCUGAAUUCCCCGCUGAAAAUCGUGUUUUUUUGUGAGACUUUUUGUUCUCUGUUCAGACUGGACUGCUCAUUUGCCUCAGUGACACCCAGAGGAGGAUGGAGGUGUCCUGCCUGGAGCUCGCCCUGGAGGGCGAGCGGCUCUGUAAGGUGGGCGACUACAGAGCGGGCGUAUCCUUCUUUGAAGCGGCCAUCCAAGUGGGAACGGAAGACCUGCAAGUGCUCAGCGCUAUCUACAGCCAGCUGGGCAAUGCUUAUUUCCACCUUCACGACUACGCCAAGGCUUUGGAGUUCCAUCGUCAUGACCUCACCCUAACCAGGACAAUUGGGGACCUGCUUGGUGAAGCAAAAGCCAGUGGAAACCUGGGUAACACACUGAAGGUGCUCGGGCGCUACGAUGAGGCUGUGGUUUGUUGUCAGAGGCACUUGGACAUAGCGAGAGACAUUAAUGACAAGGUGGGGCAGGCGCGGGCUUUGUACAACUUUGGAAAUGUGUACCACGCCAAAGGCAAAAGUAUUUGUUGGAGCGGCGCUGAACCAGGAGCCUUUCCAGAAGAGGUCAUGACAGCUCUGAGGAUGGCAGCAGAGUAUUAUGAGGCCAACUUGUCAAUCGUAAAGGAGCUCGGAGAUCGGGCUGCUCAGGGUCGGACUUUUGGUAACCUUGGCAACACUUAUUAUUUGCUGGGAGACUUUGGAAAAGCUGUUGCUUCUCAUGAACAGCGUUUACUGAUAGCAAAGGAGUUUGGUGACCGCUCAGCAGAGAGACGGGCCUACUGCAACCUGGGAAACGCCUUUAUCUUUCUGGGAGAAUUUGAAGUUGCAGCAGAGCAUUACAAGCGGACGCUGCAGUUGGCCCGGCAGCUGAAGGACCGGGCGGUGGAGGCGCAGGCCUGCUACAGUCUGGGAAACACCUACACUCUCCUUCAGGACUAUGAAAGAGCUAUAGACUAUCAUCUGAAACACCUGAUCAUAGCUCAGGACCUGAACGACAGAAUUGGGGAAGGCCGUGCCUGCUGGAGUCUUGGAAAUGCUUACACCGCACUUGGAAAUCACGACCAAGCCAUGCACUUUGCUGAGAAGCACUUGGAGAUCUGCAGGGAGACUGGAGACAGGAGCGGGGAGCUGACGGCUCGUAUGAACGUGUCGGAUCUUCAGACGCUUCUGGGUUUGAGCUACAGCACAAAUAACUCCACACUGUCUGAAAAUAAAGACACAGACAACAACUUUAAUGGAGGAAGGCCCAGGAUGAAUAGACGGCACAGCAUGGAGAACCUGGAACUGAUGAAAAUUAGUCCAGAAAAGAUGAACGGUCAGAAGUGGAGCAGCGACAUUCUGACGAAGCAAGCUAAACCAUCAUUAACAAAAAGCUCGUCCAAGCUGUUCUUCGUAAGCCGUCUGCGUGGGAAGAAGUACAAGUCAGGAGGUUCCAGUAAAGUCCUUCAAGACACCAGCAACACCCUGGACACCAGUCAGGUGUCUGUGCAGGGACCACAGAAGAGAGUAAGUCCUGAAGUGCUUGGAGAUGAGGGCUUCUUUGACCUUCUGAGCCGUUUUCAGAGCAACCGCAUGGAUGAUCAGCGAUGCUCGAUACAGGAUAGAGGCAGCAGGUUAUCGCUGAACAGCGGGCCAGAUUCGCCUCCAAGAGCCAUCAGAAAAUCGGUCUCAGAGUCCGUCAACAUCUCUGGGGUGUCAGGUCGGCGUUUGGAGGACUCGUCGGCAGCGGGGGGAAGCCUGCCGGGCCUCAGGCUCAAUCAGAACAGCAACCAGGCGGUUCUGAGUCAUCUCAUGGCCAACGCCGACGACGCCGAGCCUGACGACGAUUUCUUCGACAUGCUCGUCAAAUGCCAGGGCUCCCGUCUGGACGACCAGCGCUGUGCCCCUCCACCGCCACCCGUCCGAGGACCCACCGUUCCGGACGAGGACUUCUUCAGCCUCAUCAUGCGCUCUCAAGCCAAGCGAAUGGACGAGCAACGUGUUACUCUGCCUUCUGCAGCAAACAUCGCUGCCAGGUCCAUCUCCAGCUCCAACUGACUUCAGCACUAAAGACACAUUUUUCAUUUCAGCUUUUUUUGGGUGACAUUUCACAAAGGUCUAAACGGCAGCAGUCACUCAGAGACUCUCCAGUCUUUUUCUAACAUUUGUUGGAUAAAACAAAGCACUAACAGUUACAUCACCGUUCCAUACGGAGGAAGAACAUGGAGUUCUGCACUUGAAGCAACAGUAGCAACAUUUAAAAAAAUAUAUUUUUUUAUAAAUCCAGAAUAUUGCCUUUAAUCUUAGGUGUAUUUUUCAAUACGCAAAUGCAGGUUUAUUUAAAAUUAGCUCUAUAAAUUGCCGCCCCACCACAACAUUCUGAAGCUCACAGGUUUUUUGGGUUAGCAUGAAUGUGAAGGAAUAAUCCGAUCCGAUAUUUUGUUUGUAAAGUUUUUUUUUGUGAGUUAUCUACAAAAAAUUGAUAAAAUAAUGAAUUUGAACCUUUAUAGAGUUGUUUAUGCUUUUGUACUAAUAUUUUCUGGGUGAAAUCAGAAAUAAACCCUGAUUCAUAAA